UAAUUGUACGUACGGCCCAUUCACUCUUAUUGGUCGUCGAGCUCGGAAGCUUCUCACAAAAUAUCUCGUUUGUGAAUGCAGUGCGCACCUAAUACCAUAUUAUAACGAAGAAACGACGAGGAACGGCUUUUGCUCUCACUCGUGUGAGUCACAGCUCGUCUGCUAGCUUCAAUCUAUCACUCGUCAUGCCGGGUUAUCUGCGUAACCUGAAGCUGUGGCCGCCAUCACAUAUCAUGGUUGUGACCGGCCUUCGGGCAGCCUGGAUGAUUGUUAUCCUUUGGUAUGAGGUUUGCACGUUCGACCAUGUUUUACAUGAUUGUCAAUGGCCCGAUAUCCACCAGACCGACACACCAAGCGCUCGUAUCGCACGCGUAUUAGUGGUAGCAGACCCUCAGAUCGCUGACCACCGCUCGUAUCCGAUGCGUAACUCCUUGAUGAAAACCUUGGGCCAGUUCAUCAUUGAUCUCAACCUCCGGAGGAGCUGGCACUCGACGAUAAAUAGAGUGCAACCUCAUGCCGUUGUUUUUCUGGGAGACCUCAUGGACAACGGCCGCGCGACCAUGUCGAAUAGCGAGUACAAUGCGUAUGCUGCGCGAUUCUUCGACAUCUUCAAUCUAAGGGAUUUGUCUAUACCGACAUUUUUUCUUCCUGGGAAUCAUGACCUAGGACUCGGAGAAGAGGUUUCCUUUUCUCUUGAAGCUGCAACAAGGUACACCUCCCACUUCGGACCAUUGAAUCACAAGACUACUAUUGGCAAUCAUACUGUUCUGUUCAUUGAUGCCGUCACCUUGGUUGAAGAAGAUAUUGUCCGCGCAGACCGAGGAUAUUCGUAUGACAAUUGGCCUGCUGUAGUAGGAGGAUCCAUCGACUUCGUGAAACGGUUUGCUGCGCAUGAGCAUGCCAGUCCAACUGUGCUAUUCACGCACAUCCCUCUUGCUAGGCCCCUCGAUGCAGACUGCGGUCCGCUGCGAGAACGGGGUGCCAUUCGCCAGGGUCAUGGCCUUGGGUACCAGAACACCCUGUCUAAUGAAGCAUCGCAGUUCCUGCUUCGUUCGCUCGGACCGUCCCUUAUAUUCAGUGGUGACGAUCACGACUACUGUGAAUAUUCACACCCCUUGCCUUUUCCAUCCGCUUCUGGGUCGACUGCAGUGCGAGAAAUUACAGUGAAGUCGUUUUCAAUGGCAAUGGGGGUACAUCGACCGGGAUUUCAACUUCUCUCAUUGAUUUCAACAGUCCCUGCAACUGAGACCCUGACGCAAUUGCCAAAUUCACCGCCUUCGCUUCUGGAUACACCUUGUUUCCUCCCGGACCAACUCGGUAUCUAUCUCAAUGUCUACCUCCCUUUCAUUUUACUCUCGGUGCUUAGCCUUCUCGCGUUUAAUGCUCACCGAACUCUCGCCGGGGGCAACAAACAUGCACAGCACCAGCCCAAUGUUUCUCCUCGGCUCAGUCAUCCGGAACUAAGUUCCUGCCGUGCAAAUGACGAUUAUGAGUUGUAUCAACGUCCACCCGGGCAAAGUGUCAUGGAAGAUAAUGACGAGGAUCCGAUGCUACCUUUUCCUGUGACUAAGCCUGCAGGGCCGGUGUACUCCAGCAAAUUCCGCGGUAGAUCCUCGUCUUCUUCCCAUUCAUGGGUGUUCCAUCUUCUAGGGCGGCGAAGACGCGUAUCGCUGACCCUACCGUGUUUGAUAACAAACCGCAGAGUGCAGGAGAUGGGGUUUCUUCGUGGGUUUUUUAGUGAUGUUGUGGACGUGGCGUGGCCUCCCCUUUUAGCGUUUUGCAUCGCAGCAUGGUGUACAACACACGUCUGAAGUGGGAUGUUAGUGGUUGGGUGAUACCCCUGAUAGAGGAUUGCGAAGCGUUGUUUACGACUUAAGCGUGGAACUUCAGCAAUUGAUUGAAUGACAUUAUGCUUUCGAACUAUAGACGUCGGUCAAUGUCA